CAGGAAAUGUUGUACUCGAGAAUCUAAAAGUGAAGGAGAAUGCUUUGAGUGAGUUUGACGUUCCGUUCAAAGUGAAGGCCGGACAGAUCGGGAAGCUGACGCUGAAGAUUCCCUGGAAGAAUCUUUACAAUGAAGCCGUGGUGGCCACGUUGGACGGUCUGUACCUGCUGGUCGUCCCUGGAGCCACGUUAAAGUUUGAUGCAGCGAAGGAGGAGCGUUACCAGCAGGAGGCGAAGCAGAGAGAGCUGCAGCACAUCGAGGAGGCACUGCAGAUGGCUGCACGCCGAGAGAAACCUCAGGAGGAGAAGAAGGACACGUUUGUGGAGAAGAUGGCGACUCAGGUGAUCAAAAACCUGCAGGUUAAGAUCAGCAGCAUCCACCUGCGCUACGAGGAUGACCUGUCAGACCCACAGCGCCCCCUGUCUGUGGGAGUAACACUGUCAGAGCUCAGCCUGCAGACCACUGACGAGAACUGGAAGUCGUGUAUCCUGAACGAAGCGGCAAAGAUCAUCUAUAAG